GAUAUUUUUGAAGCGCUCAAAAACGUUGCUACUCAGUUUAAUGGAUAGCGUUAUUCGGCCUUCGUGUAACUGAUCUCUUCUUUGGUAAUUUAUUGGUAAAGUCUCUGCAAAACCAUAAAUCUGGUGAGAACCACAUAUGGACAAUGAACAUGAUUAUUGUCUACUUUUCAGCUGUAUCCAGUUACAAGUGCGAAAGUGAAUUAGAAUGAUCUCGUGAUGAGCCCAUCCCUUCCUUACAUUUUAAUGAUGUGUACAUUACAAUACGAUUAAAGACAAAAUUGAAGAAAUAUUUCAAUAUAAAACUGUGACUGUACGUUGUGGAACGAAAUAAUAAGUGUGGAAAUGAAGAAAUAGUCGUUUUGGUCAUAUUUGAAUAAAAAAUGGCUUCACCACCUAACAAAUUAAGGAGUGAGGAAAAUGGAUCUCGUUUGAGUAAACUUUUAAUCAAUAAAGGAACCCAAGCCUUAAAAAUAAGAUUGCAAGUCAUUAUAGGCCUUCAAUCAUCAAACUUAAAAGAUAAACUUAAUGAUGCUUUUAACAGAAAGAAAUUGGAAUCAUUAAAAAAGAAAAAAGUCAUCAACAAAGAGCAAUGGGACCUUCUUUACCCUUCAAAUAAAACACCCGAAAUUGGAAACUUUGAUAUUUCAUUAUUGACUGUCUUAUUGCGUAACAUAUGUGGUCUAACAGCGCCACAUGGUGGAUGGAAUAAUCUUCCUUCCUCUUCAGAAACCUCAAUCUCAGCAAACAUUGCUACAAUAAAGUUUUAUCGAAACAAAGUGUAUGGUCACAUAACUACAACUAGUGUAAAUGACAGUGAGUUUGAGUACUUGUGGCAAGAAAUUUCAAAAGCUUUGGUUGGUUUGGGUAUUCAACAAAUUGAAAUAGAUGAAUUAAAGAAAGCUCCCCUCAGUACCGAUGAGGAAAAUUACACUGAAAUGUUAAAAGAAUGGUAUAAAAAAGAAGAGCAAUUUAUCGAUGUCACUGAAAAAAUCAAAGAAAAUGUGAAAGUAAUAGAAAGAAAUGUUGUAGAGAUGAAACAAGAGAUAGCAACCAAAGUUACGGACUUAAAUGAGGAUGUAAAGAAAACAAAAGCUGGUUUAGCAGGAGUAAAAAAAAUGUUACAGGACAAAACAUAUUUAGUUGUCGAAAAGCUUGGAAAGUGUAAUUUUAAAGGUCUUAUAAAAGAUCUUAACAAGAAAUACCUUGAAGGCACUAGACAAUGGUUAUUUGAAAAACUCGACACUUGGUUUAACGAUAGAAGUGAAGAUGCUUCUAAUGUCAUGAUUUUGAUUGCCGGUCCUGGCGUUGGUAAAAGUGUGUUUGCUGCUGAGUUGUGUCGACGAUAUUCUGAAAAAAAGAAACUUGCUGCUUGUCAUUUCUGCAGAUAUAAUAGAUCAGAUUAUAGAAAUCCUCAAAUAUUGAUAGAAUCAUUGGCUAGUAACAUGUGUGAUACAAUAUCAAAAUUUAAAAGUAAACUGAAUGAAGAAUUACAGAGAAACCAUUCCAAAGAAUCGAUCACCGAUGAAUUCAUUGUUUUAUUAAAUAAUCCAUUGUAUUCAUUGAAAGAUCAUGAACCAAUGCUUUUGGUUAUUGAUGCCUUAGAUGAAAGCCAAGUUGAUGGCAAAAGUGAACUGUUGGAAUUGAUUGCAGAAGAGUUUGACCGACUACCUAAAUGGAUUAAAAUCUUCAUCACCAGUCGUCCAGAACUUCCUGUUCAAAAGGAGUUGAAAGAUAUGAAUCCUGUGGAAAUUACAACUCAUCCUCGUGAUGAAAACAACGAAGAAGACCUGUACAAUUAUUUGAGACAUCAGUUGAGUCAUCCGGCCAAAAAAAAUAGUGAUGGUGCUUCCCUGUCAAUAGUUAAGAAAUUGAAGGGCCUAUUUUUGAGACAGUCGAAUGAUUGGGUGCCGGAAGAUCCCUUUGUUCUAUGAUCAUUAGUUGAAAAUGUGAGGGAUCAUUUCUUUAUGCUUAUUACGCGCAACUGAGCUUGAAAGAAGAAAAUAUUGAGCUUACUUACCAAAACAUUCAACAAUUGGUCCCUAGUGGGUUAAGCGGUGUUUACACAAAGCAAUUCAAAAGAGUAAAAGAAUUGUUAACGAA